AUGACAAGUUUACGUCUCCGUCGAUUUUCAACUUUGCCUGGGAAUUUCGUGAAGGAGAGGAAUCGGAAUGAUCCAAUCCCAAUCCCCCACAGAACAAUCCCUGAACCCAAAGGCCAAGACCUUGAUUUUGUUAACGUUGCACACAGUCACCUUAUUCACUCUGAUUGGGACAAGCUUAACAAACUAUCCACCCAUUUCACUCCCUUUAGAGUUAACCAUAUUCUGCUGAAGAUCCGAAACGAUCAUGUUCUUUCCCUUGAAUUCUUCAAUUCUCUCAAAACCCUAAACUCCAUUUCCCUGACUCUCGAAAACCAUUCCAUUAUUCUCCACAUUCUUACCAAAAACCGCAAGUUCAAAUCUGCCCAAUCCAUUCUCAAAACCCUUCUUGCUUCGCCUUCCAUUGAUUUCCCUGGUAAGUUGUUUGAUACCCUUCUUUUUUCAUAUCGAAUGUGCGAUUCUUCGCCGAGGGUUUUUGAUUCAUUGUUUAAGACUUAUGCGCAUAUGUGCAAGUUUAGGAAUGCUACUGAUGUUUUUUCUCGAAUGAAGGUUUACGGAUUUUUGCCCACUGUUGAGUCUUGCAAUGCCUAUUUGAGCUCCUUGCUUGAUUUUCGUAGGGUGGAUAUAGCUUUGAUUUUUUAUAGAGAAAUGCGGCGGUGUAGGAUAUCGCCGAAUUCCUAUACUUUUAACCUGGUUUUGUCUGCCUUUUGCAAGUCAGGAAAACUUGAAAAGGCUGUUGAGGUGCUUAGGGAGAUGAAGAGUGUGGGAAUUACUCCUAAUGUUGUAUCUUACAAUACUCUGAUUGCAGGGCAUUGUAGUAAGGGUCUUUUGAGCAUAGCUACAAAGCUUAAGAACUUGAUGAGGAAGAAUGGUUUGGAGCCCAAUGUGGUUACUUUUAACUCUUUGAUUCAUGGGUUUUGCAAGGAAGGGAAACUGCAUGAAGCAAAUAGUUUUUUUAGUGAGAUGAAAGUUAUGAAUGUGACUCCUAAUAUAGUAACUUACAAUACUAUGAUAAAUGGAUAUGGUCAAGUGGGUAACGGUGACAUGGCUGGUAAGUUUUACGAUGAAAUGUUGAGAAAUGGAGUCAAGGCUGAUAUAUUGACUUAUAAUGCUUUGAUUCUGGGGCUAUGCAAAGAGGGUAAGACUAAGAAAGCUGCGGCUUUUGUUAAAGAACUUGAUAAAGAGAAUUUAGUUCCCAAUGCUUCGACCUUUUCUGCUCUCAUUAGUGGACAGUGUGCAAGGAAGAACUCUGACCGUGCUUUUCAGCUGUACAAAAGCAUGGUAAGGAGUGGUUGUCAUCCAAAUGAGCAAACUUUCAAGAUGUUGAUAUCUGCCUUCUUGAAGAAUGAGGAUUUUGAAGGAGCACUUCAAGUCUUGAUGGAUAUGUUUGCGAGGUCUAUGGUUCCUGAUUCAAAUACCUUAGUGGAAAUUUACAAUGGACUUUGCCAGUGUCGAAAAGAACAUUUGGCAACAAAGUUAUGCCAUGAGAUGGAAGCUAGACAUCUAAUUCCAGAAGUUUUUGACAGAGCUGAACCUUACAACUCCACGAAAGAGAGAGAGAACAGAACAUUUGGAUAA